UUGGCGGAGGAGCGGGCGCAGCUCUGCUCUGCACGUUGACUACAACGGCAUGGCGUCUCAGCCUGCUCACGCGGAGCCGGUGCUCGUGGUCCACGGCGGCGGCGUGGAAGCCGUGUCCCCGGCCCGGAGGCAGCGCGUGCGCCAGGGCGUGAUCCGGGCGGCCUCGCUGGGCCACGGCGUGCUCCUGGCCGGGGGCAGCGCGGUGGACGCCGUGGAGGCGGCGGUGGCGGCGCUGGAGGACGACCCCGAGUUCAACGCAGGCUGCGGCUCCGUGCUGACAGCAGAUGGAGACGUGGAGAUGGACGCCAGCAUCAUGGAUGGCAGAGACCUGGGCGCGGGAGCCGUGUCCGCCGUGCGCUGCAUUGCAAACCCCAUCAAGCUGGCGCGGCUGGUCAUGGACAAGACCCCACACUGCUUUCUGACUGACCGAGGUGCAGCCAAAUUUGCGGCAGACAUAGGGGUUCGGAAGAUUCCUGCGGGGCAGCUGGUGACGGAGAGGAACAAGGAGCUCCUGCUAAAGGAGAAGCAGCAGCAGCAAGGCGCCGCGAGCCCUGGGAACUUGGGAACCGUGGGUGCUGUGGCCCUGGACCUCAAAGGGAACGUGGCUUAUGCCACCUCUACAGGGGGCUUGGUUAACAAGAUGACUGGCCGCGUCGGGGACUCACCAUGCGUAGGGUCCGGAGGCUACGCCGACAACAGGAUCGGAGCGGUGUCAACCACAGGGCCGGGUGAGAAAAUCCUGAAGGUGAACCUGGCCCGGCUUGCACUCUUUCAUGUGGAGCAAGGAAAGACGGUGGAAGAGGCUGCAGAAUUGGCGCUGGGCUACAUGAAUUCGAGGCUCAAAGGCUUGGGGGGCCUCAUCAUGGUCAACAGAGCAGGGGACUGGGCAGCAAAGUGGACCUCGACCUCCAUGCCCUGGGCGGCCGUGAAGGGUGGCAAGGUGCACUCUGGCACUGAGAUGGGUGACACCACCGUGACAGACUUGUGCUGAGCUGGAGAUGAUGCCUGCGGGGCUGGCAUAGCUUGAUCAGUUAGAUGUGGAAGGGCAAAUUCACCGCGUCUGUUCCUGCUUUUGUUCCUGGUCCAUGAGCAUCGGAAUGUUUGCUUUUGGGCUCACAGUAGUGAGACAAGCACUAACCUCAGGUCACAUUCAUCGCAGAUGUGAUCAUUGCAUAUGGCAAGCACAUACUAAUGAAAAUAUUUUUUAAGAAGAAGCAAAUGGCUCCAAUAGAUGCAUUUGAAAGCCCCUUAAGGAGGCAGCAUCUGAGCUGAGCUGUGGCCUGCACAUUGCUGUAGUGCAUUUACCAAGAUGAGCAUUUACCAAGGUGCUUCCACCACCCAAGGAGAGCAGGCACACAGAAGAGAGCUGCAGGGACCGAUCGGCAGCCCAGCCACACCCUCACCCUCGCCAGAGCUCGGCGGAGCUGCGGCUGCCUCUCACACCCUCGUGUCACUGUAGCUCUGCUGAGCUGCUGCCUUCUGUCC